AUGUGGAAGGCGAGGUGCGUUGGCUUAUGAUUUUACUGUAGUGAUAUGUGAUCAGUAUAUAAAAGAUUUCAGUUACAUCAUACAAUUAUUUAUAUGAUGACUCACUUCUUAUAUCACCUAUUAUCCGUUUAUUUCAUUCUAUUGAAUAGAACAGGCUGAGGCCCAGAGUACAGUAUUUAGAAGUUUAGUUAUUAUUUAUAAGUCAGUUUAUAUUUUUAAAUAUUUUAUAAUAUUAAAAUAUUAAAUAUGCAGAAAUAUGGACAGGUAGAUCAAAGGUUUACAAGACGGGUCAUGGCAUUUACCUAGAAAUUUAAUUGGAAGUCACAUUUAACUUAGUAGUAUAAUAUAUUUUACAAAAUGGCUAUUUUGAUCAUUCUGUAAUAUGAAAAACAAAUUUUUUUUUUUUGGAAAUUAUGUGAUGAAAAUAAAAAAAAUAAUUUUUUUCUAAAAAGAUCCUCAUAGAAAAACAUGUAGCGUUUUACUUUUUCGUUGUUAUUCUGUAAAGUAAAAUAAUCGCAGCUACUCUUAUUUGUUUGUGAAAAGAAAUAAAUCCUAACAUAAAUUACGUUAAACAAAAUAUAAAUUAUAUGAAAUGCUUUAUUUUAGAAUAAAUUGAUUUUCAAUUCAAAUGUUACAAAUUAUGGGUUCACAAUUUUAUUAAAAUCAGUAUUUUGGUAAAAACACUAUUCAUAUAUAUAAUCAAUAUAUCUUCCUUAAUAAUGUUUGUUUAAUAUUAUACCAAUUUUCCCGUUUUUCCUAAGUUUUUCCCGGGUUUCCAUGUUUUUUCCCGAUUUUACACAUUUUCUUGAAAAACUCUUGAAGAAAUUGAAAAAUGAUACCUCCCUAAAGUACUACCAAAAUAAAAUUUCCUGUUUCUUGCGUCUAAAUCGUAUAUUUCAGAGUAAGAUUUUUGGAAGAAAGUGUUCACACAAAAAAAAAAAAUAAAUAAAUAAACAUCUUCGUAAAACCCUAAUGUAUUCUUCACUACACUUAGAAUCUAAAAAAAAUUGGAGUAACGACAACAAUAAAUUUAAAAUAUUUUACGAGCACACAACUGACGGUAGUCACAAUUCACGUGAAAAGUUUCUGACAACUGCACACUUCACAUAGACGUUUGUUUUCUACUCUUACGUUAUUUCGGUACUGCCAACUCAAUAUUCGCUUAUUGUUACAGAUUAAAAAAAAAAUACAUAUUGAAUAUUAUCAGCUUUUGAAAAAUCCGUUUAACAUGGUAGGAAACAUUGUAAGGUCUUAGUAAUACAUGAAUACUUUUUAAAAGCAUUUAAGAGACUGUGCUACUUAUCGUAUUUAAGGGGUUCCGUGUUGAUAAUUUUCUUAUCAUUUUUGAAAAAAUAAAAAUUUUUCCACUCCAAAUUAUUCAAAAACAUUUAUAAAACUAUAGUUCCAUGUCACUAUCAUAACUAAUCACAAGUUGUUAAAUCUUGAAAUUUAUAAACAUGUUUACGAAAAAACCGUUUUGCUUGAGUAAAAACUACUCGAAUCAAGAAACAAAUUUUUCAAUAUAAACAAUUUUACUGUGGUUUUAGUUUUUCAAAAUCACUAUAAAAAUAAGUUAUUGAAGUUUUAAAAACUUAAAAUAAUCAGAUUUUCAAACAAAAUAAAUUAGUUUGUGUUUGUAAUAUAAAAAAUAAAAAAGAUAUGUUGCACACUGCGAAUUUAAAUUUUUUUCAUAUUAGAAAUUUAAUUCUUUAAUUGAGUAAUUGAGUCCAUAGCCCGAGUAAUUUUUAACUGCACAAAACAGUAGCAUGUGAUUUUACCGUGUACUUAACUGCACCUAUAUUAUAAUCCUAUAAAUACAGAAUUUUUAUGGAUCGUUCAGACCUACUGAUCGGUGGGUUCCGGAUAUUGUCCAUUCAUUGAAUGAAAAUCAAUUGGAAUACAUGACUGAACUGAGAGAAAAGUUGGUAUAUACAAACGCAAAUCGUUUAGUAUUUGGAAUAGGCAAACCGAGGUUAUCAAUAAAAAUAGAUGCAGCCACGCAAACAAAUGAACAAGAUGAUGCACAAUUUGUGGGUAAGGAUUUUGUUGAAAUUUUAUAAUUAUAAUAAUUAUAUGAUCUACUUAGCUAUAAACGAAAUGUUUAAAAUAGGUUUUUAUUCGGAUUUGGGCUUCACUGCAGUUCAUAAACUUAGAUCAUUUUAUAGUAAUAUUUUCAUUUAUUUUUGCUUAAUAAAGAUCAUUGUUAUUCUUCGCCAUAACACCUCUCUACCGGUUUCUGUCCUUAAUCAUCUCUUAUCUCUUAUGAAUUCCUAUAUUAUGAUGAGGUCAUUUUGAACUAUACUCACCAUAGCUUUGAGUGGACUAGCGGCCAUUGACUCUCCACUGUCCAUUGUGUAACUCGUGUGAUAUUCUGUUAACCUCACUUUUUCUAUUAUAUCAAAUUAAUAUAUGUAUGGUGGGAGUUAGGAAGAAGAACAGAUAUAAAUAAAUAUAAUACAUUUUAAUCAGGUUUACUAGGUUAUCUUAAAGCAGUUAAAUCAGGUAAUCUUGAAACUUUAAAAUCCCACUAUUCAAUAAUUUAUGUAUACAUUAAUAUAUCCAUAUCAUAUACUUAAAUAUUACCAAACGUGUUAUCAUUGUAUUAUCAUUUUCUUAACUGAAUGAAUUGGGUGAACUUUUCUCUUACAUCAGUUCAUGAUAGAAAUUAUUUAAAUUAUUUAGCAUUAUAUGGUUAGUUAUUUCAUGUCAAGGAAGAUGUCAUGUCAUCAUACAAAUGAAAAUAAAAAUUUGACAAGCUACAGAUUAUGGUUAUUUGUACAUCAUCGCCACAAUGCUUUAUUAAUUAAACUUAUGUAGGUUAAGUAAAUAAACACUUACCUAUCAUAAUAAUGAUAAGAGUGUUAUGUAUACAAAAUAUAUAGUUUAUGCCAGGAUGGAGAAAAUAGGACUUUUCGGUCCUGCCAUUUCAGCGCUACCGUUUAGACCAGCGGUUCCCCACCUGUGCACCGCGUGCUCAUUUCAGGGGCACCACGGCUCACCCGAGUAUGAAAAAAAUUAUUAAAUUAUAUAUUAAAAAUGUACAAUUUAUUGUAGUUAAAAAGACAAAAAAAUGUUUAACGUAAAAAAUUAUUUAGCACACUCUGUAUAUGUAAUACAGUGUUCUAAUCUGUAUCGAUUAAUACAUAAAUAACACACGCCGCACAAAUGCAGAUAACAUUAUACACGUAUGACUUCCUCGAAUUGGCGACGUUCAAUUUUAUCUGAACACUCGUAUUAUUAUUAUGGUAACUAUUAUUAUAGUUUAAAUUCUAAGAAUUAAUUUUUUCUAUACAUACAUAUGUGGUAAUUUAUUUUGUAUAAUAUGUAUAAUAUUUUAUUUAUUUUGUAUUAUAUACCUAUAAUAUUGUUUGUAAAUAAUUUCGUCGCGAGUACCUGUCCGUCGUCCGUCCGGUCAGAUAACGAUAGUAAUUGACAAUUGCUGAUAAAACGCGGGCCCGGACAACCGGCGGGGUUUUCGCACGAACUUAUAGUUUAGUAUUGUCACAACCUCUGACCGUGGUCGUAUGUUUGCCGACGACUCAUUAUUACCGUAUUACCACUUUUGUAUGCGCUUUUCCGUGACCCGUGGAAUAAACGAAUUUGUUGAUACCUCUAUUUUUUUUUUCGUUUGUGUACUUUAUUAUCUUUUCACGCUCCGGAUCAAGAGCAAAUAACCCUGUAUUUGUCUUGCUCCACACAUGCGUUUGUUUUUUUUCAAGAUGGGACCAUUGGUUGAAUAGUGGGUCUAUUAAUAAGACGCCUGCUACAGUCAUAUUGUUCUAUAAAGGAAGGAAGCAUAAUCGACGAAGAUGGAGUUUAUAAUAAUAGUCCUACUUCUCAAGGUACGAGUGAUACACUACUGCCAAGUACGGGUUACUUCAUAAAGUUCAUAGGCUUCCUAAACUCUGUGUCGAGAACGUCCAAAAAACGUAAAUACGAUGGAAGUUAUUUGGAGAUGGAGUUCAUAGAAACAAACGAUGGUCAGCCACAGUGCGUAAUUUGUUCAAAAGUUUUUCCUAAAAGCUCUAUGUAUCCCGGCAAAUUGCGUCGUCAUUAUGAAAAAGUCCAUCCAGAUCAUGAAGGGAAACCAAUCGAUUUUUUCAAACGAAAGCGCUCUAAACUAUUGGCUAUUAAAAAAAAAAUCAAAACGCACGUUCAAACCGAAAUUAAAAUGUAUAAAGCAAUCUACAACAAUGCAUUUGAACAUAACACGAAGGUAUAGAAUAUGUUUUCAUAACUCAUGUUAAUUAAUAAAUUAUUGAUUUUUAAAUAAACACGUUAGUUUAUAACACAAUAUGAAAAAACUGAAUUGUAUAUUUUAAGGUAUAUGAAUAAUCAAUUUAAUAAUAAUUUAUUCAUCAAUUCAUUUAUUUUUGGAUCCCAGAAACUUUCAUAAAAUUAAACAGCCUGAAUCCAUGUUUACUGAAAUAUCUUUGGUCAAAAUUGCAAGAAUGGCUCGAUGUGAAAUUUUGGUAGUGUAUUGUAAACUGCUAGAAUUUACAAAGAAUUAUGAUGCAAUUGCAGAAGUAUGUCUGGCAAGUAAUAACCAGGGCAAUACAUUCAAAGAUGAAAUAAUUAGAGACGAAGAUACAGAAAACAAAGAACUGAAAUAUACAGUAGUUGGGAUGAAGUGUAAAUCGUGCAUUUCAUACGCAAUUUGA